UUUUAGUUCGCUGUUAUGUCACCGGCUGAUUUGAAAUGUCAGGAAUGUCAGGAUUGUCAGGUCCAAUGUUUAUUAUUUAAUGGUAGUUUUUAUCCAUUAUCCUACUGGUGAUGAUAAUUACCGUAAUAAUUUAUUGCAUAUCUGUUCAAAUAUCUAAUUAUUCUUGUAUAUAAAUGAAAAAAAUGGUUAAUCCAAUUGAUGAUAAAGCACCCAAAAACUAUUUAUCGGAUGAGAAAGCUCUCAAGAGGUUUGUUAGGCAAAUGAUAAAGAAUCAUUAUUUCAUUGGUUCUUACCUAGAAAAGAGAUAUGUGCCUCAUUUGAACUGUUACAAAAAAAUUAUUAAAAUAUCUAAAAAUGAUGAAAUAUUCAUUGAGAACUUAUCGAUUAUCAAGCGUAGACUUGAAAAUUUUUAUCAGAACUCAAAAUGGAUUGGUAUAACCACAGAUACUCCUGGAGCACCUGUAGGAUUCAAUAUAUGGGUGAAUAUCGAUGAAGAGAUCUUUGGUGUAUAUAGAUUUCGUGUAACAGAUGUUUCUUUCAACGAAGAUCAAGUUCUUUUGAAACUUGAGACAAUCGGCCCUUGUAAGCAAAAACUCUCUGAAAAUUUAAGUUGUAAUAAGUCAAGAUCUCUUAACCUUGAUGAUUCUGAAAGUUUGAUGGAAGACAUCGAGAGCCAGAUUUUGACAUGGCAAAAUUGUAAAAAUGCUUCAGUUUUCAUUUUUCUACUAAUUUUAACUCUAGUGACGGGAAGUGGACAGAUUAUAAAGUAUCUACUAGACUAUAUAUUGAAAUUGUUGGAAGUCUUAACGCCAAUUAUAAUUGCACUUUUCAACACAAUUAGUAAGAUGUUUGGUUAUCUUUGUUUUUUGAUAGCAUUUUUGUGGAAUGGUGGAGAGUCUAAAAGAAGACCAUAUUCAUUUAAUGAUAUUCGAAAUACACAAAGAAUAUAUUAUCAACCUGCAUAUCCCUAUGAAAAUAGAUAUAAAGCUCUUUCCUAUCCACAAAAAAGCUCAGUGGUAAUCACGGAGUUGAAAGAAUGAUUUAUCUGACAUUUCAAAGCUUUACGUCCCCUAAAUGAAUUUAUUUUUUUUGGAUGAAUUUAUGAAAAGUGAUAUUUCUUGUACAUACAUAUACAAUCUUUGAUAGUUGGGUGAUAAUUGCUUCCAAACAUAAAUGAAUGUAUUAUUAAUAUAUAUUUUUCACAAGAAUUAACUUAUACGAGGAAAAAACUGGAACAAGUUCCAUUAUCGUUCCUAGUAUUGCAAGUAUUACCAUGAUUUAGAAUUUAAUUAAUUUUUCACGGUAAUGGAGGUGAGGAAAUUGUAAUUAUUGAAUGUGAUUUCCAUUAUUUAUUUCAGAAGUAUUUUUGUUGAUAUUAAAUACAUUUCUGAAAAGUUGCAUACUGUAUUUAUCUGUUUUCAGUUGUAAUGAUACAUCAAAUUUUUUUAGUACAUUGUUCAAUUUGACAAUACAAUUUUAUAAAUAAUUCGUUAUAGAUUCUAUGGUGGCCAGACUGUUCUAAAAGUGCGUUUUUUCAAUUCAUGAACUUCAUGACUUUCAAUUUGACUGUGAUACUUAAGAUUACCAUUUUGUGCAAUUUUUAGAGCCUCCAUGACUCGGUUCACAGAAUUUUUCUUUGAGGAAAGAAAUUGUUAAAUACUGCAGCUCUAAUUUUGGUCCGAUUUACUUCCAAAAAUUAUUGAAACCAAAACCUACAAAGUCAUAGAUUUAAGAAACAUUCUUCAAUGAAAUGGAUCAACUUUUUCUCCAUUUUAUGAUAGAAUAUAUGUUCAUAUAUACCGAUGAAAUUUGAGCAUUUAUAGCGUAAGCAUUACUCAAUAUUUUGUAAUUUGAAAAAAAAAAUUAUAAAUAUGUGGGAUCUGGAAUUUUGAUAUUAAAAUAACCUUGAAGAA